AUGGAAACUGCACCGACUACAGAAGCGGCAUCGGAGCCGAUACGGUUCCGCGCCGGCAAGAAACGAAAGGCUUACCGCCAGCGCACCGAGGAUCAAGAACAAGACUCUGUCGACACUCCAAAGUCUCCCGCCAGCGCGAUCGCUCCGGUACCCGAGGACACAGCAGCGCAGAAAGAUACAGAUGAAGAUGAUGGCGAUGCUUCCGUCGCUGCGGCGCUUCGGCUGCGAAACGCGCGGAGAGGACGACUCGGCGGCGUCGCCUUUCGCAACUCGAACCGACCCGAAGACGAGAUCAACGAUGAGCGCGCUCUCGUGCCCCGAGAAUCAGACGAAGCCUCACAAGACACCGCGCUAAAUAGCGUCGCGAAUCGAUUCACCCACCAAACCGGAAUGCUCGCCGACCUCAACGACAGGCACAUGAUGGAGUACAUAGAAUCCCGGCUGUCUAAUCGCGCGAGUGGGAACACAUCCCAGAGCAAAUCAUCCUCCGCACCCAGAUCCGACGCCGCGCCGCAUGCGACAUCCGCGCCACCAAAGGAGACCAACGGCCGCGAGGUCAUGCAGGGCCACCUGAUGGAGAUUGACCUCGGCGACGACGUCAGGGACCGCAACGUGGCCAGGACGGAGCGCAUAACGCAGGGCGGCCACGAUGAGGUUCCGCAGGGGCGCCGCGCAAAGAAGCCCAGGCUGGGUAGGGACGGCAAGCCGUGGCGCCCGCGGAACCGUCGUGGCAGCGACGCCAUAAAGCGAGAUCAGCUCGUUGAAGAAGUCCUCCGUGAAACUCGGCUGGACGUGUACGAAAUGCCCGACAAGGUCAACAAGACCUCCCAAGCUGAAGAGGACGGCGCGGCCGAUGACCGACUCGCAGAGGAGUUCCGCCAACAGUUCCUUGAGGACGUGGCUCAAAGACAACUGCGGAAAAAGAAGCCCGUCAGCCAACCUGCACGACCUGGGGCUGAGGAUGUCCUCAAGGGCCCCAAACUGGGUGGCAGUCGCAAUGUUCGAGCACAAAUGAGGGAUCUAUUACUCAAGAAGGAGAAGGAAGGCAAGAAGUAA